UUCGUGUUAUAUGGUUGUUUAAUGUGUACUUUGGUUUAAUAGAUAUGGUGCCAGGUAAUGCACGUCUUCACCUAUUACUCUAUUCUGACGACCCACUUCUGGAUGUUUAACGAAGCACUACACCUCUACCUUGCGGUUGCUCAUGUCUACUCCAAGCACAAGGACUCAUUGAUGCUGUUCCUGGGCAUCGGCUGGGUGUCUCCAGCUGUGGUCAUGGCUGUCUACGCCGCUGUGCGCAUGUACUACUUGAACGACAUGGAAAACUGCUGCACUGGAUAUAGCCAUGCCUUCUACAUCAUCUCUCUGGUCGUGUUUGGAUCUCACAUUGCAACAUUUUUCCUUCUGCUGAAUGUCGUCGGCAUCUUAUACCAAAAGUCUAAACGCUUCCCUCGCCACAACAGGAUGAUUGCAAUGAUCAAAGCCACCAAAGCUGCAUUGGUAUUGACUCCCCUGUUCGCGUUGCACUACUAUCUGAUUCUGAAGCAACUCUCGCGCCAAAAUGCUGUCCGACACUCAUACCAGGUUGGGUCCGCCGUCGUUGUAACUCUACUGGGGCUAUUCUUGGCAAUAAACUUUUGCUUCACCAACACGGACGUUAUCAGGUCAUUCAACGAAUUGUUCAACCCCCGCAAAGAGGCGCCCGUCGUUAACAUUGCUAUGACGGAUAUGAGUGGUAACCACCGUGAUUCACAGGUCUAAAUAGAUUUCAUUCGAACGGUAAUAACGACACCCCACAAACCUGGCUUUACAUCGUGGACUCUUCGCUUAUGCUUAGCAAAUAGAAUGAUGCAAAUUAAAAAAAUGUAUUAGUAUUCGUGUUAAACGUAAAACAAUCUCUAAUCUAAUUAAUGAGAAAUGUACUUGGUUGAAGGGUUGACGAUAGUUUUCGAAAAUUUUACUGGCUGUGAUGAUAUAUUAGAUGAGAAUUUGUUUUACGUCAUAUAUGAGUAUUAAUAUGAAAAAAAAAAUUAUAUGUGGUAGAAAUUGUUUAAUCAAGCAGCAUUAAGCUGAUAUAUGUGUUAAAGAAUAAGAAUAUGUCUUCUUCUAAAAAAUAAAUUUUCUAUCACUACGCCAAUUCGUCCAGUAUUUAUUAAUUUUAGCCUUUUCCGCCACAGAUUGUUACCUGUUUUUAAAAUAUUGUGGCAUUUCGGACCAAAUUGUUAACUUUGGAAAGACUAAAAUUUUUUACACUAAUAAAUUUACUCCUAGCAUCUCUUAUUUUGUUUAAAGAUAAAGAUUCCGACAUUUACAUUACCUCGCCAAUAGUUUUAAUACGGCGUUGAAUUAACGCUAUAAAUUGUACCACCGAUACGUUGACAUUUAAACUAACUUUUUAAUAAUUUCAAUCCCGAUAAAUCUAAUAAUAAGUCAGUGUUGUUAAAUACUCUAUAUCUAUGUUAAACAUUAUAUAAAUGUUAGUUAAUAUAUGUGUAAUGGUCUAAGAACCGUAAUAUCGUUAACGUUAAGAUCUCAUAGUCAUCUCACUCUCCAGAGUGUUAAAUUAUCAACUAUAAAUGCAAUUCAUCAUCUCGAAUCGGUUUUAUUCUCUGCCGAAAGAUAUAGUUACUAACGUUGCAGACAACGGUCUAAGACAGCAAUUGACUCAGACGCCAGAAUCCAUCGAUCAGCGUGAUUCUACAACGAAUCUAGAGAUCUUGAUACGCCCACGAUCAGGGUAAUACAAAAAUAAACUUAAAUAAAAUAUUACUGUAUGUUAUUCUAAUUAGAAAGUUUAUUAGAGAUCUAUAUGUGUGUUACAAUAAGAUUUUAGAAGUUUAAGGCUUUUUGUGAUAUGGACAUCGAAGAGUUUUGAUUAUUUGUGCAAUGUUUAUUUUUGUUAAAGCUGUGGCACUGAUUUCAAUAAGAAAACUGUUUAUUAUUG